AUGCUGCCUCAAGCCAAGUCCAUCUCCACGUCCUCGCCCUCCUCCACCUCGUCAGCGACGGCGGCGUCAAUGGCGGGCCGCAUGGCUACAGGAUUCGCAGCCCUUACCAACUUCCCCCUUGCGAUACUUGCCAUGCUUUCUCCAAUGCAUGCGAACGACAUCAUCGAGUGGUAG